AUGAAACCAACGCAUUUUCUCAAUAUGAGUUCUUUUCGUUCAUUCGUAUGGGAUCCGCUAGAACUAGUGAGUCAGAUGAUUUGCAUGCAAACAGUUUUCUACACUGCAGAAAGUGCUGCCUUGAUUGUAUACAGCAUGACAGGAUUUACGCCUACUUUGGCACAUAUUUUUGCUGCAGAGGCUUUGCGAGUGAUGGUCGUCGUGCAGCUUCUCGCCAGUGUCGCCUGUGGAGUAGCGCUGCGUUACGUCGUCCAACGUGCAAAACAAUGCCUUGACUUCUCCUGCACCAUACACGCCUUUCACCUUCUUUUCGUUGUAGUAUACAACCACUCGUUACCCACAGAAUUGCUAUGGUGGGCUGUUCAGAUAGGUAGCAUAGCGGUCUGUACGUUACUAGGAGAACAUCUAUGCAUGCAAGCUGAAUCACAAGAGAUUAAGCUUGGUCCUCCAUCUAAAUACGACAUCUGA